AUGGACUCGAAUGACGGACCUGCGCUCCCCCCACGCCCCUCAAAAUCUCAAUCCCAGGAGAAAUGUCCUCCUCCCUCGCAAGACCUGCCUACUUAUCCCUUCUCGCCAUAUGACCCUCCCCCACUCCCUCCGUACACCCUUCACACAACGCCGGCUCUAAUCCGGAACCAGGUCUCUGACACUCCACGGAAAAGACUCCCUUGUGUGAUACCGCAGACAUCACACACCUUCCACGGCACCAUCUACCGACCGUUUGCACGCGCCUAUCCGCCCGAUCUGACGACGACGACGCUGAGCUACAAUGAUCUCACAUCCAUGCAAUCACCCGACGCCUUCCAAGGACCAGGACACCCUGGGACGGGGAGUAUCAGUGCGACAGACUUCCUAGCGUUCAUUGAUGGCUUGAACGCCGUGUGGCUGGCACAUCCGUAUCUGCAGACCGCCAGCGCCACGAGCGGGAUCUUCAGCUUUGUGCCGCUGCUGGAGGUGCAACUCGCCGCGCUGGGCGUGGCAGUUGCCACAGAGUACGGAUCGCACAAGUUGUCGCAGAUGCGGACGGAGGCGUACCUCCGUCUGGCGAAUGAGGAGCUGUUCGUCCCCCGGGGACUACGCGUGCAAAUCCUCAAGACGAGACAGAUGAUGGAAACGGUGGGGAUUUCCGGGGAGGUGCUGAAACUAGGACGGUUGGAGGGGAGGGAUGAGGUUUUUCCUAGUAAGGAGGAAUGCGAGAAAGAGAAGGAGGCAGAAGCAGAGGCAGAGAAAGAGAAUGAGUUAGGGAAAGACAGAUACGAUCCUCAGAUGCGCCGAAUGGACGUGCUAAAAGGCUAUGUGUUACCGCUGGAAUUCGGCCACGAGAAACCCCCGUCAGAGAACUGGAUCAAACGCGCCUCGGAAAAACAGGCACGUCUCUUCGCGGAUCGGCAGAACUCGCAACUCGUGGGCAAACGUGACAAGGCUACGAAACUGGUGGAAGAAGCACAAGAGGCCGAGCGCGAGCUGAACGCGAAGGUUCAGGAGAUCGAGGCGGCGAAGCGGGAGGCGCGCGCGAGAGCCCGCGAGCGCAUGGAAGGUCCCUUGGGAGAGUCCAAUACGGGGAAACUCAUGGUCCAGGAGGAUCUGGAGAAGGAACUGAAAAAGUUGGGGAAGAAGGGGGAAAAGGUGGACAAGGAGCGAGAGAAACGGGUGACGCGCAAGUUGCAGCAGAGUCAGAAGAGCAUUCAACGGGUGGAGAAGAACGAAGAGCGCAUUGCGCAGCGAGUGAUUAUCGCACACGUGGAAUUGGCCACGACGACACUUCACGACCAGGGAAAGCUACGUCGUCAUUGGGCUCGAUUCUGGUGCUGCUAUGCCUUUGGAGGUAUUCUCUUCCUGGCGAUAUUCCUCCCUUUAUUUUUCACGGUUAUCAUCCAAGCCAUUUCUCAACGAGUAAUGGACAAUGCAUCGCUGGUUCUUGUCAACGCCAGCAUCAUGCAUCCCCAGCCGGACUCCAUCUUCUUGAGCAUUCAGACGGCACUGUCCCUCCACGUCGAUAUCCCCGUACGUCUCGAUCCCAAUGUUCUCCAUCUGUUUAAUCGCGACCAGGCGGGGAAUAGUACCUAUCUCAAGGUGUAUAACGAUGCCAUCGUCGUCCGAGGGAAUACCACUAUCGGGGUACAGAAUCAGUCGAGCCCGGUGAAUCCGGAACCGUGGAAAUAUUAUCUCCAUAAUGUGGUGUUUCAGUCUCAUGCGCCGUUGUCGGCGUUUGGAGAGACGAAUAUCUAUCUGGGGAGGUUGAAGAGUCAUGUUUCUCUUGUGAAAGAUUUGCCUCAGAAUACUCUUAAUUCCUUCGCUGGUUUCUCAAUCGACGAUCCACAGAUCCUUCUUCCUCCAAGAGAGGACGGAGUUAAUCUACUUGCGAAUGCGACAUUGCCUAAUCCAUCUGUUAUGACGAUCGAGAUUGGAACCAUAACCAUGGACCUUAAAGCUAAUAAUAUCACCAUCGGCAACGCCACCAUUAACAAUCUAGUCCUACGACCAGGGAACCACUCGACGUCUCUUCAGGGUGUGGUGGACAUACAUCAAAUUCUCGACAAUCUGAGCCCGAUUCUGCAGUCCCAGCGAGAGUCGCUGCGGAAUGGACGCCUGAGUCUGGAUGCUGUCACGCGAGAAGUCAUCUACAAUGGCAGGGUGAUUCCUUACUAUACUGAGGUUAUGCGAGAUCUGGUUCUUUCGGCGAAGGUGCCGAUUAGUGAUUUGUUGACUAAUUCAGUGGAGGGAUUUUUGCAUAAGAAUGGUUCGGAGAUACGGUCGAUAUUGAAUAAAAUAGGGAAUGGGAGGUCAUAG